CAUGGCGGUGCCCCCACCCGGCCGGCGGGGGUCUCAAUUCACAUGCUAAACUUCGCACAUUUUUACUUAAUUAAUGACGUAGAAAAUCCUCCUGCUUUUUAAAAGCCAGGUGUGGUGAAAGAGCCGUGUGUUCUGUUUAGCGCUGCCACGUCUCCGCGUAUGUUUGUGAGUCUGUGUGAGGUGUCCGAGGACGGCAACAUGGCGUCGGCUGCGCUGCAUACAGUUGGCGGGAAGACCUUGUUCACCAUCGACAGGAUACUGGGACUGGACCGCAAAGACACUAGCGCGUCACCGACAAACACACACCGAUCGUGCACCGGUUCAGUAAGGAAGCAGGAGUAUGUGUGCAGCUCAGCUGAAACACAACACAAGAGUCCAGAAAUGAAAUCCAAGGAGGUGGAGAUGAAGUUCAGCCCGGCUGCUACGGAGUCCUACAGGCAAGCGUUGAGCUGGUACGUGGGACGGAGGCCACGUACAGCCUUCACUGGAGCUCAGAUUGAGGUCCUCGAGAGCGUAUUUCAGGUGAAUUCUUACCCUGGGAUUGAUGUGAGAGAAGAGUUAGCCAAAAGGCUGGAACUGGAAGAAGACAGAAUCCAGAUCUGGUUCCAGAACCGCCGAGCGAAACUGAAGAGAUCCCACAGGGAAUCUCAGUUUCUCAUAGUAAAAAAGGCCUUUUCUGAUAUGCACGGUGGAGCAGAGCCCUAAUGUCAAUGUGGUUUCAUAUGGACUUGUGCACUAUAUACACAGACACUUCAAAAGUCUCCGUUUGCUCUCCUUGUAAGUGUUCAGCUUUUUGUUCAAUAACUUUUGUGUCCUCUUCUGU